AUGUUAUUUUUUCAUCUUGCUGCUGUCAUCGCUUGCCUGCCCGCUGUCUCAGCCCAGUGGACUUGGACGAUCGUAAAGGAUGAUAAUCCUAAUAACGAAGAGGUCGAGGCGUAUGAGCUCAUCGAAAAGGCUGUGAAAGCUGCUACCGCCCGUUACUCCCGUUUCACCAACGCCUCCAAAGCCCUCACCCUUUCCUACUAUCCUAACACCCCUACUGCCGAUGGCAACUACAACGGAGAAAUCCGAUACGGCAGCACUCCCUAUAUGAACGAGUUCACCACUAUGCACGAAAUCUCUCACACCCUUGGCAUCGGCCAAACAGCUAAUUUCGAGACCAAUUGCGCCGAGAACAACUGGCCUACGGCAAACGAUCUUCUCGAAUCAUGGGAUGGCGAAGGGACCAGAAUUGUUUGCGACAAUGGCCACAUCACUCCAUACGGUAUGAACUACCAGGAUGAAUGGGAUGAUCUUCAUGCAGAGAGGCAUGUGCGUCUUAUUGAGGCUAUGCUGAAGGAUGGCAUGUAA